AUACUAUUUGGUAUUAUGAGAAGAAAAUCAGAUUUUCUGAGUCAACUUAGAAUGAAUUCAAGUCAAGUUGGAGAUCUUGGAAGUGGUGCAGGCAAAGGAGGUGGUGGUGGCGGAUCUAUAAGGGAAGCUGGUGGAGCCUUUGGUAAAAUGGAAGCAGCUAAUGAAGAAGAGUUCUUUUAUAAACAACAACGAGAACAACUGGUGAAAUUGAAGGAGGAUUUGAAUGAUGAAAUAACUUUUCAUGAAGAACAGAUCAAAAAAGACACCAAGAAGCCAUUAAGAGAAAUAAGAGCCGUGUGAACAAUUUGGAAAAAGGCAACAAAUAAGUUAGCGUACAAUGACAAUAAUUAUUAUUGAUGAUAGCAUCCUAAGUAUUACAGGAAUUAGUUAAGUUAAAAGGCACACAGUAUUUACUACUACCAAGGGAAAGUUUGCUUUUUUAUAUUUUUAUUUAUACAAUUUUAUUCAUUUAAAUGUUCUUUAAAAAUUGUUUAUGCUUAUAAAUAAAAAUUAAAUUAAAUACCA